AUGACUGCUUCAUUCAUUGAGACCUCCACUACCAAGCUGGGAAGGCUCUUCAAUGGCCAACGUGUCACUAUUCCCAAUGUUUUGUCUUUAACGCCUGGCUGGGAACCUCGCCUCAACAUCAACUGUCAGCCGGAUUUGGAAAAUUCCAUUGUGGAAUGGCAGCAAAAAUACAUCGCUAGUGAUGACUUGCGCCGAACCAACCAGAAAGUAAACGUGUCUCUGCUCUCACGCAGCAUUGCUCCAGAGGCGGAAUUGAAGGGGCUUUCUUGCGUUGCUAAAUGGUGCUGCUGGGUUUUUGCUUACGAUGACGCAAUCGAUCACGACUAUUUCAAAGGAAAAGAUGCGGACAGAGAUAUUUAUCGUGACGAGGCUCUCAGAUGUGCGCACUACAGUCUUCUUAGUGAAGAUGGCGUGGAUCAUGACCCAGCAGUCUUGGCACCGAAUUAUUCACUUGCCCAAGGGCUCUAUACAAUUGGGUCUGAGAUCCGUCAAGCUGUUCAACAACCCCUCUUUCGCGAAUUGCUCUGUGAAUCAAUCUGUCGAUUUAUCAAGGUGGCCGUGGAUGGCGGUGCAACCUGCAACUCUGGGCAGAUUCUAGACUUGGAUAGCUACUUUACCAAUCGGAUGGAAACAUCGGGAGUAUACCCAUCUCUGUGGAUUACCUUGUCUGCAAUUCAUAUUGAAUUACCAGACUGGAUACUGGGACAUGAGAUAGUCAAACAACUAAUGCACCAAACCAAUAUCAUGUCUUCCCUGGAAAAUGAUAUGCUAUCAUUUGUGAAAGAAAUAAAACAUGGCCACAUCGAGAGUUAUGUUCCGAUUCUCGCUCACCAGAAAGCCCUGGGAGCUCAAAAGGCAAUCGAUGAAACUGCCGCUCUGAUCCAUGCCAGCUACUUGAAAUUUGGACAUCUGGAAGAUGAAUUACUUCAGCUGGUCCCCGACGAACAGAAAGAAGAGGCUUGCCGACUUGUCAGAGCCUGUAAAGAUUUCCGCACUGGAGCAAGUAGCUGGCACUAUAAAACAUCACGAUACUUUGCUGGCUUGGACAACCAGGUCCAGGCCAUUACUGUUACACUUGAGGACAAGUAA